AUGAGGGCUAUGACCACCAUGUUUCAUGAUAUGAUGCAUAAAGAAAUCGAAGUAUAUGUUGAUGACGUAAUCAUCAAGUCUAAAACACAAGCUGACCAUAUGCAAGAUCUGAGAAAAUUCUUUGAAAGAGUGAGAAGAUAUGAUCUCAAGCUUAAGCCAGCAAAAUGUGCAUUUGGAGUUCCAUCUGGAAAACUUCUGGGUUUUAUUGUCAGUAGAAGGGGAAUCGAAUUGGAUCCUUCCAAAAUAAAAGCCAUUCGAGAUUUGCCACCCCCGAAAAAUAAGACUAAAGUUAUGAGUCUACUUGGGAUGUUGAACUACAUUAGCAGGUUUAUUGCUCAACUCACAACCACUUUGACAGAUAAUUUAUUUGGGUGUGUUCUCGGCCAACACGAUUCCAUAGGCAGGAAGGAGCAAGCUAUCUACUACUUGAGCAAGAAAUUCACUAGUUAUGAGGUCAGGAUGGAUCCUUUGAAGUACAUCUUUCAGAAGCCAAUGCCAACUAGUAGACUCGCGAAAUGGCAAAUCUUGCUCACUGAAUUUGACAUUAUAUAUGUCACUCGAACUGCAAUGAAAGCUCAAGUUCUGGCAGACUACUUGGCAGAGAAUCCAGUCGAUGGCGACUACGAACCACUAGAUACAUAUUUUUCAGAUGAAGAGAUUAACUCAAUUGAAGAAGUAGAUCUAGAUGAAAAUCAGGCCUGGCAAUUAUACUUUGAUAGAGGAAUAAACAAAAAAGGCACAGGGAUUGGGGCAAUUCUCAUAUCACCCACAGAACAGCAUUACCCUGCAACAGUUGGACUUCGUUUCUUCUGUACAAACAACACAACAGAGUAUGAAGUUUGCAUCAUGGGUCUAAAUAUGGCAAUAGAUUUGGGUGUGCAAGAAUUGAUUGUGUUGGGAGAUUCUGAUUUGCUUAUUAGGCAAGCUCAAGGCGAAUGGAAAACUCGAGACCUCAAGCUUCUUCCCUACAAUCAAUGUGUGGAAGAUCAUAGCAAAAGGUUUAGGUCCAUCGAGUUUAGAUACAUCCCCAGAUUUCAUAAUGAAUUGGCAGAUGCCUUGGCUACUUUGGCCUCAAUGCUUCCAUAUCCUGGAAACACUUGUAUCAGUCCCUUGAAGAUUCAACUUCGGGACCAACAUGGUUAUUGUAACACUGUGGAAGAAAAAUCAGAUGGUGAGCCGUGGUACCUAGACAUCAGCAAUUUCCUGCAAACAUGGAAAUGUCCCAAACAUGCCAAUGGAAGCCAAAAAAGAACUAUUAGACAUCUGGAUAGUGGUUUCUUUUUUAGCGGGGAAAUUUUAUAUAAACGCACCCCAGAUCUGAACUUAUUGAGAUGUGUGGAUGUUGAAGAAGCCGAGAAGAUCAUGAAUGAAAUACAUACUGGGGUAUGUGGACAACACAUGAAUGGAUAUGUCCUUGCGAAAAAGAUACUCCGAGCAGGAUAUUACUGGCUUACCAUGGAACGGGAUUGUUUUCGCUUUGUGAAAAAAUGUCAUCAAUGUCAAAUUCAUGGUGAUCUCAUUCAUUCAUCUCCUUCAGAGUUGCACCCAAUGGCCGCUCCUUGGCCUUUUGUUGCAUGGGGAAUGGAUGUCAUCGAACCAAUUGAGCCAAAAGCUUCUAAUGGACAUCGAUUCAUUUUGGUCGCAAUUGAUUACUUUACUAAAUGGGUAGAGGCAAUCACUUUCAAGGCAGUCACUAAGAAGGCGGUCGUGGAUUUGUCCAUUCAAACAUCAUUUGUCAUUUUGUUCAAAAUUGUGCAUCACAAUUCUACUCCAUACAGACCAAAGGCCAACGGAGCUGUGGAGACAGCCAACAAGAAUAUAAAAAAGAUUCUCAGGAAAAUGGUUCAAGGCACUAGACAAUGGCAUGAGAAGCUGCCUUUUGUCAUUUUAGGAUAUCGCACAACAGUGUGCACCUCGAUUGGUGCAAUUCCUUAUUUGCUGGUGUAUGGGACUGAGGCUGUGAUACCAGCGGAGGUUGAAAUUCCAUCUCUUCAAAUUAAUGUCGAGGCUGAAAUUGAAGAUACUGAAUGGGUCAAAACCCGACUAGAGCAGCUCACAUUAAUAGAUGAGAAGGGAUUGACGGCCGUCUGUUUUGGUCAGCUUUAUCAGCGAAGGAUGGCUCAUGCAUAA